UCGAUCUCCAAGCCUCUGCCUCACUUCUUCAAAAAUACGCCUCACUUCCUACAAAUUUCAACAAGAAGUUCUUCCACAAUUCUCUCAUUCUGCCUCCCUCCCUCCAUUCUUUCCGGCGACUGAACAAUCCGGCGACUCCAUUUCUCCGGUAACUGUAUUUCUGAUUCAAGACAAGUUUGAUUAUUGAAGAUGAAGCCCAUGUUAUGUAAAAACUCUUCACUUGAGUCGGUUUUAGAAGAGAUAAUGCAUCAAAACGUGAUCGAAUCAGUUGUAUUUUCUACGGUCGAGUCAAUUCUGCGUAAUAGAAACAGAAAACGCUUCAGAAGUGAAUUUGUUAGGCCCUACGCAAUGGUUCCUAAGAUGCCUGAUCAAGUCAAGCAUUUAAGUAGGUUGGUAGGUGUUACAGAUGUCGAUUGUAUCAAUAACCUUAGAAUGGACCGUAACACGUUUGGUAGGCUUUGUCUUUUGUUGAGACAAAUUAGUGAUCUGUCAGAUGGAAAAUAUGUCAAAAUAGAAGAGCAAGUGGCUAUGUUUUUAGGUGUUCUAGCACAUCAUAACAAAAAUAGGAUUGUCUCAUUUACUUUCUUGAGAUCCGGCCAUACGGUGUCAAGGUAUCUACAUGCAGUCUUGAAUGCCAUCAUAAAACUACAUGUCAUUCUUUUUGUCAAACCUGAACCAGUACCUGAUGAUUGCACUGAUUCGCGAUGGAAAUGGUUUAAGGGAUGUCUAGGCGCACUAGAUGGUUCAUACAUAAAUGUUAUGGUCCCCAACGAAGAUAAGCCAAGAUAUAGGACACGGAAGGGGAUGGAAAGAUAAUGCCUAGCCAAUUUUUGUACGAAGCACAGGCUGCUAUUCAAAGUGAAGUUGGCUGUAGGAUUUCUAGGGACGAUUUGUACGACCGCCUCCAUGUGUUGGAGCAGCGCUAUCGUACUUUCAAAUAUAUAGACGACUUGCCUUCGACAUAUUGGGACAUUCAUCGUGGUAAGGUGGUUGCAUCAGAUGAAGUAUGGAAAUCAAUCAUCAAGAAAAAUAAUUUUGCCUCAGCCUAUUACUAUCGCGACGAUCCGGAGUUCCCCCAAUUGGAGUCUCUGUUCGGCGAGAAAGCCACCAAACCCGAGCGCAAUAGAAGUGUGAUUGUCAUAUCUGACUCCACGUGCCCUGUUAGUGAUGGUGGAGGUUCUAAAGCAGUGAAGCCUGUUGUGAGUGAAGAGGUAACAUCUCCUGUAGGUGCUGACUUGCUCAAGAGUCGACGCAAGCUAUUUACAAGGGAACUAGGCCCGUUAGAUGUCGAUUCCAUUAACUACAAAGGGCAUAACUACUAUGCGAUUGGACCAAAGGAGGAAAAGAAGUACAAAUUUGAGGACGUUUACCCACCACGUCCGCGUCAACUCGAUGGGAAGAAACCUAUCAACUCUUAUGGUAGUUCUUGUGGUUCUUCAACCCCGAUCAAACGUAACCUGUCCAAGUGAUGCAUGUUUUGAUGUUCGCCAUCUUUUUUUGCCACACGUUGUCGUAGUUCCAUCAUCUAGUGUGGUUGCUAUCGUUUAACUUUUGAUGUCUAAUUUUGCUAUGUUGUGAUUGUGUUGGUUUUACCGAUGUUGUAUUAUUAAAAGACGUCAUUUUCCUAUUAAAUCAUGUUAUGUCUUUUGUUGAGGUGAAA